UAUAUUGUAAAUUUUACAUUUAUAUGAAAUUUGAAACAACAGUUCUAACCUAUUCACUGCUAUGAUGAGAGAUUUGAAAUAUCGUGUGGAGAGACCACAGUAUUUACGAAUGACAUUGGAGGAUUGUUCCAUGUGCCUGACAAAUUUUACGGACCCUGUGUUCUCAUCAGUAGCAGUAUCUCAAAUACAAGCAGAUAGUGAAAUAGAAGAACUAAUGGAUGUUCAGUGCAACCAGUUGGAGCUACCAGAUCUUUGUCCCAUUGAAACAGCCAGUCAGAGUGGGAAAUAUGAAGAUGCAAUUAAAAAUCUGGCAGAUAGUAUUUAUUAUAGUACUUUUCAGGGUUCUGGUAAAAUUCAGUCCCCUAAAAUAGAACAAUGGCUGUCUGAUAAUUUUAUAGAGCAUGAAGAUAAGAAUGUUGCUAGAGGAGAAAUGUACAACUACUACUGUGAAUGCUGUAAGUUUCACAGAGAAACACCUUGUAACCAGGCUACGUUUGGAAAGAUUGUCAGAGUUGUCUUUCCUGGAAUUAAGACAAGAAGAAUAGGGAUCAGAGGUCAUUCCAGGUACCAUUAUUUUGGUAUAGGACCAGUCAAGAACAAAGAAAAAUUCUCUCCAUCUAUACCACACAGAUCCUACUUUAGACAUGAAGCAGAUGAUCACAACCCAGCAGUGGUGCUACAGUGUCCCAACAGAGUGAGACCUAAUGGAUAUCAUGAUGUAGAGCUAUUUUUGGCAGAUUUUCCAACUAUUGAAACCGUAGCUAUUAAAUGUAAACACAAGAUUCUGGCAUUUGAAUUUUUACAGAUGUACAAAGAUCAUGCUGUCACAUUAAUCAGUUCAAUUGUUAAUGCAGAAUUUGAUAAGGUAACAAGAUGUAUAUCUGAGUUCUGGACAGGCCUUCCUGUGAAGAUGUAUCCACUUCUUAACCAAUUAGACUUUGUAUCAGUCGUAGAACAGUGUGAUUUAUUGGUGUACUUUGUUAUCAAUGAUAUUCUCGUACCAACAGUUCCCUAUGUUGUCAACAAGGGAAUAACAGAAGCUGUGAAGAGUCUACUGCACUGUUUACCAGAAUGUUUGACAAAUAGUUUGAUCCUGUUACCUGAUUUACUUAGAACACAGAAAUUAAAAGUUUACCAAGAAUUUCAAAAGAGUAUUCAGAAACAACUUCAUAUCAGUUGUAUAUACACUGUAGCUUGUGUUGUACUCAGGAAUCAGGAUGUAGCUAGUAAAUUACAUACUGACUGGACACACCUAGACAGCAAGGAAGUAUAUGGGAGGAUUUCUACAGUCUUUCAACAAAUUGACUUAAAAGAUGUUCUUUUUUAUAUAAAGAAAAUAGACAUGAUACUAGAUAGCAAGAAGGACAUACCUGCACAGUUAACAAGACUUGUCCACACAGUGUUACAGACAUAUUGGAAGUCGACUGACAGACAGAAACCACAAAUUCAGUUGUUUGUCUUACAAUGGUCAUACAUCAGUGGACAAAUCAUACAACUUCUUGCUGGAGAACAUUCCUCAGUUACAGGACUAUUUCUGCUGUUGGAAGUGUUGUGUAAAGACUACUUGAUGUUCCUUAUUGAAAAACAUGUAGAGAUUUAAGAUGUAAUAUGAUGGUUGCAAAAUUUCAAAAACUUUUUUUACCAUUCCUUGUGCAAUAGAUGCUGACAUUUGAGUUUUAUUUGUUUUAAUAAAACUGUUACAACAGAA